AGAUUCCACUGCAGUUCUACAAUCACAAAAAUUCUUCAGGAACUCGGUGGAUAUCAGCUAGCUGAACGCGGGUAUAUUACUGCAAAGGGUAAAGGAGAAAUGUUGACCUACUUCUUGGAGGGCGAGAACGCCUCACAUCGGCAGAGACGAAUCUCUCACUCCAAGUUUUCCCGCUCAAAUUCUCCAAAUGUCGAUGACAGAGACAUUUUCGGCAAACCAACAAUUCAUCCAAAGUAUUGGCCAAACGGAUCAAUCCCUUCCCCGGCCGAGGACUUGGAGAAUUCGCCAUUCCAAAACUGUGAUAUUAUUGACCAUGUUGAUGAAAACGUUAAAAAGCAAGACUGUGAUCGCGAUACAAACUUUGAUGACGUAUUUAACGCUUAUUUCGAUGUAAAUUCUGAGAAUUGUGCAACAGAGCUACAAAAUAGCAAAACGUCAUACAGUGAUCAAUUCAUACAUUCUCGUCCAAACACCGAUAAACAUAAGCCCAGAGAGCGACAACAAAGCGUAAAUGUGCCACUUUUGUCAUGUAAUGGUGGACAUGGGUAUGCGCAUAAGGAAAUAAAUAAUGGAAAUGUUGCGAGAACUGAGAAAUUUGAGCUCAUGAGAAAUGCUUCUUUUCCGUCAUGUAAAGUAGAAGAGGAUGUGGUAUGAAAUUCACAGUUCGUCGGACAUCCUUAGAUGGGCUAUUGCGGAUGUGUGUAUGGAAAUAAAUGUGGUCUCAUGUGGAAUUUUUGUCAGGAUUACUUUGGCAAUACGUAAAUGAAAUAUUCCAGACAUAUGGACUAUAAAAAUGGCGCACUCAGUUUUUAAGAUUUGAAAAUAUUGCUGAAGUAUGUUGUUUAGUCAUUUAGUACAUUUAUGAUGACACGUGUGUUUCCGGCAAGUGCAUGUGUAUCAAAGUACAUUUUUCUUGAAAUUACAUACGACCAACAAAAUGUUGAAUGUAUACAAUGUAACAUGUAGCUCAAACAACGUUGGCAAUGGGCUUAGUGUAGUAACGGAGAUAAACAAUAUCACCAUCAGAAAAUGGUUUCAAACGAUUAAAAAAGAGGGUGUAGAUGAACAAAUGCAUACUAUCUGAUUAGUAUAAGGAGUUGUCUCAUCUCUGAUUAAAAACAUGUCUAUGACACUCGAUAUUUUAAUUGAAAACCUUACUAUAUCUGAACCCUUAACGGGGCAAACCCUCCCUGAGGAUUUAUAUCAUGUUAGUGGUUGUUUCCUUUGUUAGAGAAUUAUAAAUAAAUUUCAGUUCAAAAAUAUGUAACUUUAAGUGAGUGCCAGGAACAUGUAUAGUAUUUGUUAAUGUACAAAAUUAGCUACAUAUUAUAUAUUUAUUGGUAACAGUUUUACUGAUUUAUGAGCCAUGACACUGUUGUCAUCUGCUGCUAUUAAGAUACUGUGAUGCACAAUUGUAGGGAUGCCCUUUUAAGAAUACAUUAUGGAUGAAGAUGUGAGUAUUCAUGGCAUAACUGCGUUGAGUUUGUAAACUUUUAAGUGUUUUUCACGUCUUAGAAUUUAGCCUGCAAAUCUUUAACUUUAUUCUGAUCUAUAUGAUGCAAUUUUCUUGAAGUUUUAGAAACUCUCAAAAUGCUUUCACUGAAGGAAAAGCAUUUAGUUGAAGACUCUUUUUCCAGCACUGUUUAGACUUUUCGACAUUUUUAAUUACUACAGGUUUCGCACAGUAAUCUUGUUUUAUACCAAUAUAAUGCACUUAUUUUACGAUAUUUGCUAUGUAGCAAAUUUUAAUGUACUUGCAAUUUUCAGUCAUCGUGUUUUCCAUUUUACUGAGAAUAUACUUGUCUUUUAAGUAUAGCUGAACAACAGAUGAUUUGAUUGAUUUUUGGGAAAAUAAUAGGAUUUUGGGGAAAAUUUAAAUAAUCAUGGGAAAUAUUUCCUAAAUAUUAUACAUAUAUGGUGCAAAGUUUACUACAAAACAUAAAAUUUAACUACUGCUAUAAAAUAUUAUAUUGCGGGAUGAACAUUAAUUCUUGUAAAUUAUGAACUGCAUAAGAUCUUGACCUAAAAUGAUAAAUUCAAAAUCAGCCAAUAUAUUUUCACAGCACAGCGUUACUUUAAUAAAUUUUUGUAAACAUACCAGUAACUCCUUCUGAUGUCGGAAAUUAACUGUUUUAUGUAUAUUUAUAACCAUGAAAUCAUUUCAGAGCAUAGAACGCUACCGAGACAAUUACUAGCAGAUUUUGUUUGAUCGAGUCUGAUGUUCUUGAAAAGUAGAUAAAAAGUUCAACAUAGCUCUCGCACCGGCUAAUGCCGAGCCGUUUUAGAACAUUGACGGAUCAAAUACAAGUUGAAAAAAUUAUGCGUUUGGCUUCCCUGUGUAGUAUUUAGAUACUAAUUAUUUGUUUCGCUGUCUAAAUAUUUAAUUGAAAUGGUUACAAUUUUAGAAUCUCUUGUGACAAUCAUCAGCUUCUCAUUUUUACUUGAGCACGUAACUGUGAUAUUAUAUUUUAAUUUGUAUAAAUGUUAAAACUUGGUAUUGUUAAUGUCUUAAUAAUUUACUUUUUAAAAAAAAAAUAUUAGCCUGAAUGGAGACUGUGUUCACUUAAAGUGGCAUAUAUAGAUUCAUGUGCUAUAAAUGCUAAAUCUGUAACCUGGUACUGUGAAUUCAUUUAACUUCAUGGACAUGAAAUUUCAUGGUUUCGCCCAAAAUGGAUUAUUUCGUGCAGAUAUGUAUUCCUUGAUUUCAACUGUUGAAAACAAUAAAUUGAUAUUAAUGUGUUCUUUGAUAUUUAUUAACGUGGACUAAUGAAACUCCACGAAAAUUAAUCCAUCAUGACUUUGAUGAAUUUACAGUAAAUACAAUAUUAUCAUAGAGCUAACCACUACGAAAAUGAAUUUGUCAAUAAAGCGAAUAAAAUGUCUAACCCAUUUCUGAUACUGGAACAAAGCUUACAACCAGGGGUAACCCUCUCUCCUCAAAACCUUUACUGCAUUCUACUGUUUCUUGAUUUAGGGGAGCUUCUCACGUAUUUUCAAAGAACUCGUUUCAAUAUCUUGUCCAUAUAGUUAAGAUGGUACAACCCUCUGUAACAACACAUACAUGGGUGAAAAUUAAUUUGAAGGUAUGCAUCGAUAUUCUUUGAUUCAGCCCCUUUAAGCAAGAAAUACUGCAUAAAAUUGCUUUAUACAUAACGUUUGGGUACAGAUGGUCACUACCAGAUGCAAAGAAUUUGCAAAACCAUUCUUUAAAGUUAUAAGUCAGAAUGAAAUACUUUGAACGUUACGACUGACAUAAGUGUAGGUAUGGACAUUUUGUUAAGAAAAUGUGUUUCAUUUAUUGUUUUUGUUAAGUAGCUGUUAGCGUGAAAACAUUCCGUAAAGUAUUAGGCAACAUCUUUUAUUUCUAACGCCAUCAUAGAGUACAAUUGUGUAGGACUUUAUAUACUUGUUUUCUGAAGCUGUGUUUGUUAGUGCUUUAUUUUUCUUACCGCCUGUCUCACUUCUAAUGCCUGCAUUAGAAAGACUCUCCAACGAUUUUUCUUUUCUUUUGAAGAAAGAAAUACGAAUAUAACCAAUUUCCAUAAUUCUUUAAAAUGACUAAGCAUUUCUACUAAUUUAAAAAGUAUUGUAUGUUUUGUGAUCUUCACAAAAUAAUGUAAUUGUUACCCGUUUGGAUUAACCAAAUUGAGCACCGCUUUGCGAAAACUAACGUAAGGGCUUUAUGAUCAGUAUGGAUCCAGAUCAGCCAGCAUAUCCGUGCAUUGUGGUCUGGAUCCAUACCAUUCGCUAAUCAGUUGCACACAAGUGCUAAAAUUGAUAAACGAACAGUACGGUCAUGCUCUGAUCUAGAUCCUGGCUGGUAACAAAACCAAAACGUUAGCUUUCGCACAAUGGCGCUAAAAUAUUGUUUCGAUAAAGUACAAGAUACGGAUAGAGGCGGUGAGAAAUCUGUUAAGUCAUCAUACUCAGGUAGACACAUAGACAUUAUGUUUUUCUUUUGUCAUAAAAUUUUAUCAAACUGCAAUAAAUUUCUAAUUAGAAUUGUU